AUGAAGCUCAUCGCCUCCACCCUAUUGGGUCUCGCUGCUUCAGCGCAGGCUUCAACUAUCACCUAUACCACUGUGACUGGCUAUUUCUUGCAGGAUGAGACUGCAACUGAUGCCUCAACAUUCGAUUACACUGCCGUGAACUUUGGUCUCCUGAACCGUACUUAUCUUGCCGAUCAGGAGCUUAAGAACGCCAAGUCUCUCACACAGUGGGAGCGCUUCUACAACCAGGUGGAGAAGCUGAACGAUGAAUCUCACAGUGAUGUGGAGUACAAGGUUCUGUUCCUCGGUCGCCACGGCGAGGGUUGGCACAACGCUGCCCAGACUUACUACGGUACUCCAGCAUGGAAUUGCUACUGGGCCGAAUUGGACGGCAACGACACCGCAACCUGGUUCGACGCCGAGCUCACCGACAACGGCGUCUCCCAAGCCCUAGUCGCCCACAACUUCUGGCAAAAGGAGAUUGACGAGCAGCGCAUCCACACUCCAGACAACUACUUCGUCAGCCCCCUGACCCGCACCCUCCAGACAGCAAACUACACCUUCACCGACCUCAACCUACCCAAGGGUAGCGCCAAAUUCAGCCCUCUCAUCAAAGAGCUCUUCCGCGAAGGAAUCAGCAUCCACACCUGCGACCACCGCCACGACCGCUCCUACAUCCACAGCCUCUUCCCCGAUUGGUCCAUCGAGAAGGGCUUCAGCGAGGAAGACAAGCUCUGGAACGGCGUCACAGCCGAGACCGACGAUGCCCAGGACGUGCGCAGCACCGCCGCACUGGACGAGGUCUUCUUCACCUCCGCCUCCAGCAAGAAGGAGUCCUUUGUCUCGGUCACUUCGCACUCCGGUGAGAUUAGCUCCAUCCUCCGUGUCGUGGGUCACCGCACUUUCAGCCUGAACACCGGUGCCGUUAUUCCCGUGCUUGUGCGUGCUGAGCGCGAUGCGAAGGCUAAGGCUACUACUACCUCUUACACUUGGACUGCAGACCCCCAUUGCACCGUGCCCCCCGUUACGUCGGUCACUGCUUGCGUUUGCCCGUCCAGUGCUGCGCCGGUUACCACCGCUUUGGCUACUAGCACUUGA